AUGUCUUUCACACCUCCUUCGGACCCAAAAAAGCCGAAGAGCAUUAAAGUUUCACAACUUUGUGAACUUUGUCAUUCCAGAAAAGCCUUGAUUAAAAGGCCUAAGAAUCUGCAAAAAAUAUGCAAGCUUUGUUUCUUUCAUGUCUUUGAAACCGAGAUCCACAACACGAUCAUCUCCAAUAAUCUGUUUGAGUAUGGAGAAAAGGUAGCGGUUGGUGCUUCAGGUGGUAAGGAUUCAACUGUCCUGGCUUACGUCCUCAAACUUCUCAACGAAAGAUACAAUUACGGAAUUCAGAUUGUACUGCUCAGUAUAGAUGAGGGUAUCGUCGGCUACCGUGAUGAUUCCUUGGCAACUGUGAAACGUAACAAGGAACAAUACGGCUUGCCCCUUGAGAUUGUGUCGUACCGAGAACUUUAUGACUGGACAAUGGACGAGAUUGUGGCAUGCGCAGGGGUGCGAAACAGCUGCACUUAUUGCGGUGUUUUUCGGCGGCAAGCCCUCGAUCGUGGUGCUGCUAAGCUGGGUAUUCGCCACGUUGUUACAGGACACAACGCAGAUGACAUGGCAGAAACAGUUCUGAUGAACAUUCUUCGCGGGGAUGUAGCGCGUCUUGAAAAAUCUACGGCAAUCAUGACCCAAAGCAGUGGUUCGCCUAUUAAAAGGUCAAAGCCAUUUAAGUACUCUUACCAAAAGGAAAUUGUCCUCUAUGCGCACUACAAAAAGCUCGACUAUUUUUCAACAGAGUGCACGUACGCCCCAGAGGCAUUCCGUGGUACUGCAAGGGAGCUCAUGAAGAAUCUGGAGGCAGUGAGGCCUAGUUGUAUUAUUGAUAUCAUCUACAGUGGGGAGAGUCUGCGGCUUAAGCCCAAGAGAACGAAAAGAGCGCCCCCAGCUGGACAUGUGGAAGUUUGCAGCGACGGUUCUGUUUCUUUGAAUGGAGGGGACUUUGUCGAUGGUAACAGAUGCGAAAGAUGCGGCUAUUUGUCCAGCAACCGUAUAUGCAAGGCUUGCAUGCUUCUCGAGGGCUUGCAACAAAAUCGGGCUAAAUUGUCCAUCGAUCGUGAUGUUUCCACACACGGCGCGGCCAGGCUUACUCGAACUUUGGAGCAAUUAACUUUUUGA